AUGGAUCGCAAUAUCCUAGAUACCCUGGUUCGCGGAGAGACCGUCGCCACCAACACAGAAGCCGGCAUGGCUAUCACAAGACUGAAAGACGAGUCUUGCCCAGGCAUCUUCGGCAUUUGGCUUGCCAACUCGAGUGGGAAGAGCCCCAGCGCGGAACAGCUCUUGCACUAUGUCGACCAGGCCGCGAUUGCAUACGUCAACGACCAUGACUAUGCAUAUCAGAUCGACAUGAUUGUUGGGGACGGAGUCAGUGUCCCAGAUGGCGGCUUGGUUGUAGGCGCCUUGGAAGACGUCUUGGCUGCGGUUGAAGUCCUCCUCCUAUGUCUCAUGACAGAGAGAAUAUUCGAGAAGACAGGGGCCCAUGAAGACCGUCUGGGCAUGGAAUAUGCCAGCUUUCAAGGACUCGUCUGA